AUGGCUGCAGAAAAUUUUGCAGAAUUCUUGAACAAACUCAGGGAAAUCCACGAGAAAGAAGUACAUGCUCUGCAAACCCAGCUGAAUGAACUAACCAGUGAAAGAUCUCGAGAGACCCAGAGAAUUGAAGAGCUGUUUGCUAAAAACCACCAACUCCGAGAACAGCAGAAGGCCCUUAAAGAAAAUGUGAAAGUGUUGGAAAACAGGUUGCGAGCUGGCCUCUGCGACAGGUGUCAAGUGACCCAAGAACUUGCCAAGAAAAAGCAACAUGAGUUUGGAAAAGCCCAUUUCCAAAGUCUUCAACACAUCUUCAUCCUCACUAAUGAAAUGAAUAAGCUGAGAGAGGAGAACAAGAGCCUGAAGGAAGAACUGAAGAUGCUCGGUGGAACUGAGGACAGACCAAAAGCUCUCAAAGGGCUACUCAGAGAGGGAAACUCCACCCCAGAAUCACCUCUUCCUUUGCUGUCCAUGCGGACCAGAAAAUCCAGCACUGAGAAAACACCGAACCAAGAAGCAGAAGACAAGUAUGAUCAGUCCCUUGGACAGAGAAGUUCUCCAGGUAUGAGGAUCUCUCCUAACACGAUUCUCCAUGGAGAUCAUGUUUUUGAGAUGAGUUCUCAGAAGAUAGCAAAUCAGUUGCAUGGAACAAUUGCAUUAGUGAAACCUGGCUCAAGAUCCUGCCUGCAGGAAAGAGAUGGACCAGGAUAUACCACCCCACCCCAUGCGAAUGAAACUCCACCAUCCCCUCAGCCUGAUCAAAGUCCCAGCUUUGAAGCUUAUUUAAGAGCCAGCAAACCAGACUACCAGGAAAUUGCUUCCUCUUAUGAGACUCUGAAGUUUGCUAGCAGAAAAGAGCAACUCUGCCUCCUCAACCAACAUUUUGCCCUGCGCCAUCUUGGACUCCGGAAUAAUUCCACCAGCAAAGAGGGUGGUUUCCCACACCACUUACUAAUGGCCAGGGAUGUAGGAGGCAAAACAAGUUCUCAGGAUGAAUGGGAGGACCAGGCCACCAUCUUGGAACUCCCUGGUGCUGUAGUGUACAUGAAGGACCGUCAUUUGGAGAACAGACUCCAGUUCCUUAAUCAUCAAGAGAAACUCCACUAUUUAUUGGCCCAACAGCAGCAGCAAGAAUGUAAAGUUAAAAUGGAGGACAGUUUAGAGAGCACCCAAUGUCGAUUAUCUUCCCCAUUGGCAAGAGUUGGCAAAGAAUUAAAAAAGGAGAGACCCUAUUUGGAAGAUUCUACUAAUGGGACACUUGGGAGAUUCCUCUUGAUCAAUAGGGAAGAACUGGAGCAUGCAGAAAAGGCAGAGGCCAUGAGGGAAUAUCUCACUGAAGCACCUCUAGACCUAUCCGAUUCUAGGAGAGGAAGAGAGAACCUCAAGCUGACCAGUUUGCAACAGAAAUUCACAGAUCAUGAGGCUGGAAGCAAAGGCCGGAAUGAAGAGUCUUUUCUCCAGAAAUCUUGUGUGUCCAGCUGGCUUCAGGAGGUUAAGCAGCUCCAUGGAAGCAAAGAGUCAGAGCAAUGCACCACGAAAGCCCAGGACAUUGUGGCCUCUCCAAACUCUUUACCUCAAGAACUUCCUAUUUGCAAGUCAGACUCGUGUGAUGUCCAGGCCGAUUCAGAGACAGAGAUGCCUUUUGGAGCAGGGAACGAAGAAACAGACCAACCAGUUGAUGGAGACUAUGAGUCAGUGAAGGAGGAAUCAGAGUCCGACAUAUCAGAAAGUGAGAUGACAGGUGUUUGUGAAGAUGAAAGCCUCCAAGGAGCUUCCAUUAAAGAAGAACACUGCUGCAUAACUGAAGACAACCAGAGGUCACAAAGGAAGAGGAAAAGGGGACCAGAAUCAUGGACAAAAGCUCACAAGAAGUCAGUGGGAAGGAGACAAAAUGGCAAAGCAACUGAGGUCCCAGCUGGUGUACACAAAGCCACAAAGGAAAUGCCAAACCACAGCCCUGUUUUCCAACACAAUGAUAAUGAAGAAACAUAG